CUUUAUUAAAAUAAAUAUUAAAAUGCUAAAUCCUUGAGUUGUAAGCCGUAUUUCGAUAGUCGUAAUAACAGUUGCUAGUGGCGGGAGAAAAGUAACCAAACAUGGCAAGGUCGCCGAAGGAUGAUCCCAUAUACAAUGACAUGCAGUGGAACUACCGAGCGGAGGCAGCUGAAAACUGCGCACCUGGCGUCUUGAAUGAGAGGAAACAGCCGCCGAUCUCAUCAAACAGCGGCGUCAUGAAUGAUAACAGCGUGUACACAAACGCCAAUUUUCCUAAUGAUGUUUAUUUAGGGAAACAUGCGUUCAAUGUGCAAGCGUGCGACACAGCUGCCACCGGAGAUGAUAAGGUUCCCUUUAAUAACAUGCCGAACGUGAACAGAGUGAACCGGCAGAACUUCGGCAACGCAAUGCUCAACCUCGGCAACGGACAGCUCGUGCGGGUGUUCUACGACGAGAACAACCAGCAGCUCAUCUUCCCUGUGUCUGAGCAGUACGACCCCUUCAACCAUAACCAAUGGCUGCGCGACAUGCCUCUGCAAUCACCCCAGCCUUCACACAUGUUCACCCUUAACCAAGACUACAGCAUGAACAAUAAUGUCCAUGUGCAACCUCCUACUGCUAUUCCAAACAACACUUUCAACCAAGACAACUCUCAAAAUGUCCCAACAUCUAACUUUUUGAAGGAAGUGCUUGGAAAUUGGGAGCCUAAUUCUAGUGGAACUUAUUCACCAUUUGGACAAAACUAUCCAUUAAACCACCCCGAUGCCCCAAGCUUCAACUUGCAUCCUACACCUGUGAUUGAUCCUAUCAAUCCAGUGUUGAAGCCUGAAAAUUCUCCAAAGAGAAAUGAGAACAGCCCUCUAGCUGACACAAGCAACAAGAAACGCAUAGUCGCUGAAGUGAAACCUAUGCGCCCCACUUACUCUGAUGUACUAGCCAAAAAUAUGAAGAACAACACACAGAGUGAAGCUGCCCGUAAAGCUAAGCCUCAGAAUUUUGAGACUAAACCUGUGAGUAAUAAGACCAGUAAACCAGAGAAGCCGUUCACCAAUCUAAAGCAUGAUGAAAGCAAAACUAAAAGUGAAAAGAAGCUGCACACAAACACCAUAUCAUCUGGCAGUGAAUCUGGGGACAUCAACAUUGAUGACAUUGAUAAGCACCAGAAGCCGAGCAAAAAAACCAAAAAUAGAAAAAGCAAUAUAUCACGUAAGUGGUCCUCUCUUGAUGAUAUUGCUAAUGAGGAGGAAAUUGGGUACACUAGUAAUGAGAGUCAGUUCGUCUUCAUUGAGACACAUGCAGAAAAACCAUUGAAAAAGGAAAAAAAAUGUGACGGUAACAAAUCAAAGAGCUUUGAUAAAAGUUCUACAUUGGAAGACGAUUUUAAGUUAGAUGAUGAAGACCACCAAUCCCAAUUUGUAUAUCAAGAUGGGCAAGCAGAGACGAAAUCUAGGCGGAAAAAAGAUCGUAACCAUCACAAGGCUGCCAAACCAUCUCAGGAUAAGAAGAAGGUGGCUCAAACUAAAUUUAGGAGGAAUAAACCUGGCUACAUUGGGCUUGCACAGAACUAUUUUGAGCACUGGGUAGAAGUGACUUGGAAGGCAGUCAUCUGGUUCUUUUACUUGCUGUCAGAUAUCUGUCGAAUGAGUGCACAUCUUACGUUUGACCUAUGUACAUCGGUGUUCACGCAAACAUAUGUGAGCUCGCAGGCAGUUUGGCGCAGUAGCAAGGAAUAUCUAUCAAAGAUAACACAUAACAAAUAUCUGCAAUACAUAGACAGAAAGUUUGGACACACUCGCUUCGGAUUUUGGAGAAAAGUUAAAUGGUUUAAAAAAGAAGCAGAGGUAGAUAAUGGAAGCGAUUCAACAAAGCUAAAUGCCAACAUUCCCUUGCCGGCGACAGGGGAAGAAGCUAUGAAACGUCUUCUGGCUUGCAAAGGGAAAGAUCCUUAUAGUAUACUGGGUGUGAGCGUGACAUGCACAGACGAGGAGAUAAAGCGGUACUACCGGCGGCAGGCGUUCCUUGUGCAUCCUGAUAAGAACCAACAGCCAGGCGCUGAGGAAGCCUUUAAGAUCCUGCAGCACGCUUUCGACCUCAUCGGCGAGCCGGAGCGUCGCGAUGCGUACGAGAGACGCGCGCAGGAGUCGCGGCACGUCGAGGCCGCGUGGUCCGAACUCAGUCAUCUGCUGGCGCAAUUACAUGACAAGAUGGAGUUCGCCGCCAACACCAUCCGUUGCACGAAUUGCGGCCGACGGCACAAGAGGGUCUUAACCGACCGACCGUGCUACGCUGCGAGGUACUGCGUGCAAUGCAAGAUACGGCACUCCGCGAAAGAGGGCGACAUCUGGGCGGAGUCAUCCAUGAUGGGCCUACUAGUGAUGUACUACGCGUGCAUGGACGGCGCUGUGUAUCAGAUCACACAGUGGGCCAGCUGCCAGAAAAAGAACCUGAAGCAGCUGCGGCCUGAUUGCCACGUAGUGCAGUACCGCAUAGUCCUCGGAAACAAGGCCGCCGGUGCAGAUCUGCAGCGACCCAGCACUGGACACGAUCCGAACCUGGAAGAAUUCCUGAACAACCUGUACAACAAGUCUGGUGUCACGAAGCCGCCGCCAGACGACAAGAAACGCCGCACCAAGAAAACUAAGCCUUAGCUCUUAAAACACAGCAUACUUAUUUGAAUACGCACUAUCCGGUUGACCAUGCGACUUAGGGAAUACAUGUUUUUAUUAAUACGAGUCUAAUAGUGUCCUCUAAUUAAUAAAAACAAAUGAAAACAAGGUUUUAAAGAAAACCUACAAUACAAUAAGUAACAAAUCGUAACCUUAUUCAUAAACAUUUUUUUUUCUAUAUAUUCCACAGAAGUCCAGUGUUUUCUAGACAUUCCAUUCCCGACAAGUUCCUUUGGUUGUCAUGAUUUGUCCACAUUGCAAUUUUUUUUUUCGGUCGCGUACACAAUUUUAUUUGUAAAAUACUAGGAACCUCGCAGGAGUAUAUUACUAACAUCAUAAUUCAUCACAACAACUUUUUACAACACAUUAUGCAUGGGUAGUUCAUGAACUAACAACUAUUAGGAAUGAGUUCCUGACACACUGACCGAAACGAACUAGUUCCCUGUGUACAGUCUUUUUAUUAACCUGUCUUUUUAGUUCAGUCGGAAUGGGACCUGUUUGCGGAGCCACAGACGCGAGGAGAUCUUAUUAGUUCACCUGUCUUUUUAAUUCUUUCAGUUCACAGACGCGAGGCGAGAUGAAGCGAACGAGACAAUUAAUGGACUGUC